AUGGCAUCCGCCUUGCUUGCCUUUCCGCACUCGAACCGCUCCUCCAUCUCAAUCGGACACACUGAUCCCGAUCCAACACACGCCCGCCCCUCUCGUGCCCAUUCGCGGACCGCAUCGGUGGUAUCGGCUAUAUCUGCUGUUCUGCGUAAAUCGCCAACUCCCCCUUCUCCACCUCGCGCUACAACACCCGUGCAGGCCGUCAACCAGGAUCACCAUUCAGACCCAGAACUAUUCUAUGUUCGUCAGGAUAGAAUAGGCAAAGGGUCUUUUGGAGAGGUUUACAAAGGAUACGACAAACGUACACAGCGAACGGUUGCGAUAAAGAUCAUUGACCUUGAAAGCGCCGAGGACGAAAUCGAAGACAUUCAACAAGAGAUUGCCAUCCUCUCCCAGCUCGACUCUCCGCACGUUACCAAGUAUCAUGGCUCGUUCCUCAAAGGUUCCCAUCUAUGGAUCGUUAUGGAGUAUUGCUCGGGAGGUUCGUGCAGUGACCUCAUGAAGCCCGGCGUUUUCCGCGAAGAGUACAUUGCUAUUAUUUGCCGCGAGCUUCUGAAGGGAUUGGAAUAUCUCCAUAAUGAAGGCAAGUUGCAUCGCGAUAUCAAAGCCGCGAACAUUCUUCUUAGUGCCGGCGGUGAGGUCAAACUCGCUGACUUUGGUGUUUCUGGCCAACUUAGCGGGACUCUGUCAGCAAAGAAGAAUACGUUUGUCGGCACUCCCUAUUGGAUGUCGCCUGAGGUUAUCAAGCAAAGCGGAUAUGACCACAAAGCUGACAUCUGGUCCCUGGGAAUUACGGCCAUUGAGCUUGCCAAAGGGGAACCGCCGUAUGCGGAGCUUCACCCCAUGAAGGUGCUGUUCCUCAUCCCCAAGAACCCUCCUCCCACACUUGAUGGUAGUUUCUCGAAACUCUUCCGAGAGUUUGUGUCGCUAUGCUUGCAGCGGGACCCACGAGAUCGUCCGACCGCCAAGGAACUCCUUAAGCACAAGUUCGUCAAGCUCGCCAAGAAGACGAGUUUCCUUACCGAACUCAUCGACCGACACGAGAGGUGGAAAGCCGAAGGAGGAGGUGCACGUCAGGACGAAGAUGGUGCUCAGAGAAGUGGGGGUGAUGACAUUGAGGCAAUGGGUGGGGACUCGGAGGAUUUGUGGGACUUUGGAACGGUGCGACAUGUCGGGACCACAAACAAACCCAUGGGUGGUGGGCUGGGGAGUAUUCCUGCGGCUCGAUCAUCAAUGGAAUAUGUUGGGCCUAGUACUAGCACAUCUCGACCAGGGAUGAACGGGAGGACUGGGACCACGUCCUCAAGUGGCUCAGGGUCGAGCAAUUUACCUAGUGCAGCCAGCAUCACGAUCAAGGGGGAACUGCCACCUGGUUUGCAACCACAGGGCCAAGGCCGGUACAACGACCCUCCAGGAAAAUACGCUGAUCCCAAUGCACGAUACUCGCACCAACCCGAGUCGCCACAGAAGGGUGGGACUCUGCGGGCGGCAGGGGGCGUGUAUCCGGAUGAAGACGAGGAUGUGGAAGAGCCGCCUGCUCCUCCCGCGGACGAUUACGAGGCCCGGGUUAUGCUCGAUAGCGUCGUACUGCCCGCUAUUUCCUCGCUCUUCCCUCGUGUCUCUCGCGAAGCUCAUGUGGCGUUGACGAACCUUCAGCGUGCGUUUGAAGAGGCAGAGCGAAUGAUUCCAGGCGUAACGAUGGAACUCGUGAAUGAGAUUGUGGAUUCGGUUGAACAUGUUGAGGAUCCCGAGGAGGCGCCGCAGUGA